CUCAACAGGAGCAGGAGCUGAGUUGCACACACACAGCAGCAGACAGAGAAAGCACACAGACCUCAACUUUCACUCUAAGCUUCACACAAGCCCUCCACUGCACACAAACAGACAGCAGCAAAAGUGAAAGAAGAACGAGCACUCAACAGGAGCUGAGCUGUACACUCAGAACGGCAGACAGAGAAAGGCACACGGACCAUCACACAAGAUUCAAAUAUGGGAUCCAGUCCAACCAAACCUGAAUUUGUCACAGUUCUUGCUGAAAAAGAUGUUGAAAUUGGAGAUUGUGUUACUCUUCGAUGUGAGGCAAACACAGAAGAUGUAACAGCAUCAUGGGAAAAGGACGGCUACAAAUUGGCUUGUGUGGAGGGCAAGCAUGUUGUGAAAAAAAUAGGUAAAAAAUAUGUCUUGGAAAUUGUAAAUGCUCAGGCCGCUGAUGAAGGGAAUUACACCAUAAAGCUAAGCAACACUGGAGGUUCUGCAUCAUGCUCUGCCCUUGUCAGAGUCAAAAUUAAAGAAUGGAGGACAGUACAAUGGAGUCAAGACAAAAAGUUGAAUUCCCUCAAGACAUUUAAAGUUUGUAAUGAAGUCCAAAAGCUCCACUUCCUCCUGUAUGGAACAGUUGGAGCAGGAAAGUCCAGCACCAUAAACACCAUCAGAUCCAUUUUUGAAGGACGUCAGUUUGUCAACUGUCUGGCUGCUGCAUUAUCUACUACGAGUCACACUAAAAAAUAUGAGCAAUUUACAUAUGAAAAUGAAGAAGGAUCAUUCCCUUUUACCUUCAGUGAUAUAAUGGGUGCAGAAGCAGGAGGUGGAGUCCACACUGAAGAUAUCAUCCUUGCUUUAAAAGGUCAUAUGAAAGAGGGUUACCUGUUUAACUCUGCAGCACCACUGUCUGAAAGCAAUCUUUACUACAACCAAAAUCCCAGCCUGAGUGAUCAGAUGCACUGCCUGGUGUUUAUCACACCAGCUGACAAGCUUUCGAUGAUGGACAAAGAUUUACUUGAAAAAUUGAAGUAUGUCAGAGAAAUAGCAAGCAUAAUGGGUAUCCCUCAAUUGGUUUUCAUGACAAGAGUCGACUGCGCAUGUCAAUUGACGAAGGAGAACUUGAGAAAUAUCUACAAAAGCAAAAGGAUCAAACAAAAAAUGGAUGAAUGCAGUCAUGUACUGGGUGUGCCUGUGAACUGUAUCUUCCCUGUCUUGAACUAUCACGAGGAGACCCAUAUGAAUGAGGACAUAAACUGCCUGAUGCUGGAUGCUUUAAUACAGAUUAUCAACUGGGCAAAUGAUUAUGUGGUCAAAAGUUCCAAAAACCAAAUUUCACAUCAACAACCAAAAUGUGAAUAAAGAGAUUUCACACAAAACAUGAAAAGCAGAAUGACAAAUAGUUCUGCAUAUCUGAUGGCUAAUUGCUAUUCAAAUUCACUGAAUUCUUAAUCUAGUUUAAUCAUGCAACACAUUUUAAAGCAUGAAACUUACAGUAUAUUCGUGUUCUUAUCCAGAUUUUAUUUUUUUUAAGAUUCACUGUUUUUUAUUUAAGAACAAGAUCCCAAGAUGGGAAACAGUAACAUUACAAAGUCAGUGAUCAACACCCACCCCCAACCCCCCACCCCCAACCUUAGAUACACAUCACAUGACCCAAUAAGUCAUAAAUGAAAUAAAAGAAAGAGUUGACUAACAA